UGUAACGAAAGGGAGGAGGACGUUAACGCGGAUAUUUCACUUUCACCUUCUGCACAUGUCCGAUGUCGUCAUUGGGAAACCACCGUCCUCGACAGAACCAUGGAUGAGCUGAGGCUGCAGCUCCGGGCUGAUGCGGCAACAUCAACAUUAAAGCAACUUGAUGGAGAAAACUAGAGGAGUCCCUUUAAGAUGACACGCACAGACCCGCCUGACAUAAUCGUAUCAGCUGUGCAUCGAGAUAUAAAAGUGAUUCCCAUUUCUUCACACUACAAGUCCUUGCAACCCUCCAAACAAUGUGAUUCUAUAAAUUACAGCACACUGGAGGACAGUAAGAGCAAAGUCAAUAAGAGGCACUGCCGUACCUUUGACUAUAAGUCAUUGGAGUACCCAAAAUCACACAAAUACUCAAUGGAGUCCCCAUACAGAAAGUCUGAUAGGCAUGCAGCUAACCCAGAUGUUGCCUGGAAUGCAUUGGGCCGCCAGCAGAGAUACCGCUUUUCUGCUCCAGACAUUUUUAGCCAUAGGUUAACUCCUCAACCAGUGGCUGCUGAUAUGGCCAGUGAGAUCACUGCCCCUGAACAAAAAAGAAGGACAAGGUCAAAAAGUGCCCCUCGGGUCCAGACCAGUCUCACCCCUGUGUCUUUUGAAGGGUCCUCAUCUUCCGGGAGGAAGGGGAGGGAGUCCCAAAGGGCUCCAAGAGACUCUCGCUGGCGACCAGAAGUAUCACCACGUAGGGAGUCAUCCUAUGCAGCAACUAGGGCUCACAUGCAUGAAGUACAUCCCAUUAAGUUGCAGCCUCAAGUGAGUGACAACAGUAGAUAUUCACCUCACUUUGCUGCUGAUAAUUCAGAGGAUGGAGGGCUAGAUAAACCAGCAACCAGCCCUCAUGUCAGGUGUCGGGUGGACAUCAAACCUGAUGACGGAGCAUUGCAUCAUUCAGGACGGAAACAGACUUCACCUCAAGUGGACAUACCAUGGCAGAGGCACCACAGUAGGAGUCUGACUGUUCCACGCCAUUUCUCCUACUCUAGAACACCAACUCCCACUGACUCUUUAGGUACAGAGAGUCGGCAAACUUAUCAAUAUUCCCGUAGCAUGCCAAAUAGUUACUUGCAACCAAUGGAGAUUCCCUUGCAAAGGAUGCCUUCAUCAAGUGAAUACUAUGGAAGGGAACGAAGAGCUCAUUCUAGUCCUAAUGUGCCAACCAAGUUCUUUUAUGCAGACGACCCAGGGAGAUAUGUCACUACUGCUCCUCCUCAACCAAGUUCUUACUUUCAUGAUGAACGUUACACACCGGGACAAACAUAUACUCCAAAAGUGCAAUAUGUGCAAGAUCCAAGGACUCGAGUGGUGCAAGCUGUAGCUACAAGACCCUAUUAUCCUGAGAUGGAGCCCUAUCCAUACCCUGUGCAGACAGGAUAUCCCAAACCCUAUACAGCAACUGAACCAGGGCCGUACAUCAUACAGACACCUCCAACUAGAAUAUUUUAUGGGGAUGAUCCCAGGUCUUAUCAAAUCCAGACUGCUCCGCCAAGGUUUUAUUAUUCCAGUGAUAUGUAUGCAAUGCCACCUGAGCACCAUAUCCCAGCAAGGGCAUAUUACACAGAGGGCCGAAGACAUGCUAGAGUUAUUCAGGCACAAACAGAUGACUGGUAUGGCUCAGAUGCUUCUGGUUAUUCCACCAAUCCUGCCUCUUAUGUAUCUCAAGUCACUCCAACCAGAGUCCGGCAAGAGCCUGGCUUAACAACCUGGUAUGCCAACCCAUGUGUAGAACCUCAAAGAAUUGGCACAGAUUCUAAAUCUUACUCCAGGUCCUGGGACAAUAUUCUCAACUCUCGUGUAGAGAGAGAACAACCUCUUCCUGUACAGCGGGGUCAGAGCUAUGAUGAUCUUCUUGACUCCAGGAAGCCUGCAGCAGCCACAGGUGACAAACCACAACCAGUGGUAGUCAAUCUCUCCAGUUCGCCAAGACGCUAUGCAGCCUUAUCAAUGUCUGAUAAUUCACUAAUUGACAAAAGCCCAACAGAGAUGUCAAAGAGCACUGCUAGUAAACUCUGGUUUGUUACCCCUGAGAUAACAAUAACUGAUAAUGACAUUCGACCAGGGAACCUUAAUAAGGCUGAAGGACGGUCUGCUAGUUGGGACAUCCUUGACUCCAGAAGUACUGAGGGUCCAGAACUGUCUCAUUGUGACUUUGAAACCUCAACCAAAGAGAAGACACAUGACAACGCCUCACUACAGCAAAGCUUAGAACAACUUGAUGAGCUUCUGGCAGAUCUUGUGACUGACUACAAGCCGCCUAGUAGAAGGGCAAGUGAGGACAUUCUGGAUCAACUAAAGAAGUUAAUUGAUGAGGAAGAAGCUGUAUCUCUGUCCAGAAAGAGCUCAAGGGCAGGUACAGAGGAACCAGCUCCUCUUGACAAGCAACCAACCUCAAUAAGAAUGAAUCCUGAUGCUUUUCGAGAUAUGGAUGGAGCUAGUGAUGCAAUGAAGAGUGCAGAUGAGUGCUCCCCAGAUCAGAGCCCUGAUGAGGACGACACAAUGAUGUGCUCCAACAACAAAUGUCGGAGGACAGAGACCCUAUUCAAUGCUUGCCUAUAUUUUAAAUCCUGCCACAGCUGCUACACCUACUACUGUUCUCGUAACUGUCGCAGGGAGGACUGGGACAUUCAUAAAGAAAGCUGCUUAUAUGGAAGAAUUGGCAGCACAUGCCGUCACAUCAUCAAACACUGCCGGGAGACUGUUGAAGUCCACAAAGCCUUCUCCCGUAUUGCCAAAGUUGGGUACCUUUCUCGAGGUAGAGGAGUUCUCUUCCUUGGUUUUCCAAACCCUGCGUCAUCCAGUAAUUUCCUGCAGUAUGGCCUGGAUAGUCUACUUAUGUCUCCUACAUACCUGUCCCUUCGAGAGCUUGAAAGCUUCAAGGACAACCUAGGGGAGUAUUGUAAGGAGCUGCAGGAAGCUGGCAAAGAGUAUGACCCAAACGAAUGUUUCAUCUUGAAUGUAUCGAUUGCUGUUGGAGACCAACUGCCUGAUGGGCCAUCACCAAGGAACCAAGCUCCAACUGUCAGAAAAUAUGCAAAGGUUGCCCUGGCUUCCUUCAGCCCUGAGAGAAAGGUUCAGAAGAAAGAGAGUGACAUGGAAACGCUGAUCCUCACUCCACCACCAGGAACAGCAGACAUCGACAAAGAAGGAGAGGAAGGCAGGAAGGCCAGGGAAAUCUGUUUUAUCAAUAUACAACGAGAGUUACGAAUUCGAGGGGUUUUCCUACGGCACGAAUACCCACAGGUGUAUCAGCAGCUCUGUGAGUUUGUGGAAAGUAACAGAAGGUUCACACCCACAACUAUUUAUCCCAUCGAUAAGAGGACCGGUAAACAGUUUAUGUGCAUGAUUAUGGCUGCCUCUGAGCCCAGGACAUUGGACUGGGUAGGCACCCCGCAUCUCCUUGAUGACAUUAUUUAAGUGCACCUUUUGUUGUAAAUAUAUAUGUAUAAAAAUACAUAUAUAUUGUUACACAUAUUUAUAUAUCAAUCCAAUUACAAACAUUUGUAGAUAAGUAUUUUGUUAUCAAAAUGAUAUAUAUUCAUGUCUGCUUGGUCAGUAUUAUUCAUUAUCAGAAUAUUUCCUGUCAGGUGCUGAAUGACUACAGUACAUUAUUUAUUUUAAUGUUUUUAACAAAUACAUACUUUUUAUCCACCACAAGUCAUUUAUCUGUAACCUGGUCAUGUACUGUUACAAUACAUUCCCUUUGGUUGGGAUUCUCUAAGCUGACAUGCUGGUUUUCAACUUAUUAGCAACUACUGUUUGUUAUUUGUAACUCAGCCUCUUUAAAUGAGUCCAUUUCUGUGCGUACAACAUGACUAUUUUUCAUAUACAUACUUUAAUGGUAUACAGUGCAUUCAGAAAGUCUUCAGACCCUUUCACUUUUUUCACAAUUUGUUAUG